UAAUUCCAGAAGGGUAUACCAGAACCACAAGAUGAAGGGAUCUGCCCAAGACAGAAGUGUUGGGUCUCUGCCUGGCCUAGGUGAAUCCCAUCCUGGAUACUUAUGGAGUUAGUUGCUUCCCUGCACUUCAGCCUGCCCGCCUCCUUUCUCCUCCUCUUCCUCAGCCUGUUUGCACUGGUCUCAGGGCAGUUUUCUGUUGUGGGGCCAACUGAUCCAAUCCAGGCUAUUGUGGGAGAAAACACUACGUUACACUGCCACCUGUCACCUGAGAAAAAUGCUGAAGAUAUGGAGGUACGGUGGUUUCGGUCUCAUUUCUCCUCUGCAGUGCUCGUGUAUAAGGGCAGGCAAGAGAGAACAGAGGAACAGAUGGAGGAAUAUCAAGGAAGAACCACCUUUGUAAGCAAAGACAUCAGUAAGGGCAGUGUGGCAUUGGUUAUUCACAAUGUCACAGCCCAUGACAAUGGCAUCUAUCACUGUUACUUCCAAGAAGGCUGGUCCUAUGAUGAGGCCAUCAUGCACCUGCUGGUGGCUGGCCUGGGCUCUAAGCCUCUCAUUGAAAGGAAGGGCCAUGAAGAUGGAGGCAUCCUGCUGGAGUGCACAUCUGGAGGGUGGUACCCAGAACCCCAUGCAGUGUGGAGAGACCCUUAUGAUGAAGUCAUGCCCGCCCUGGAGGAGUCUUAUACUGUUGACAGAGAUGGUCUCUUCAUGGUCACCAUGACUGUGAUCAUCACAGACUGUUCUGUGAGGAACAUGACAUGCUCCAUCAACAAUACUCUGCUUGGCCAGGAGAUGGAAAGUGUGAUUUUCAUUCCAGCUCCCCUUUCAGAAUCCUUCACACUCAGCCUAUCUCCCUGGAUGGUGGUGCUGGCUGUCACCUUGCCUAUUCUGAUCCUCCUCAUAUCGGGAAGCAUCUGUUUCAUCAAGAAACUACACAGCAAAAAAGAAAGUCUGUCAACAGAAAAAGAGGUUGAAUAUGAAGAAAAAGAAAUUACACAACAACUUCAAGAGGAACUGCAAUGGAGAAGAACUCUCCUAAAUGCUGCUGAUGUGGUUUUGGACCCGGAUACAGCUCAUCCUGAGCUCUUUCUGUCAGAGGACUGGAGAAGUGUGAGACGGGGUCUUUCUCGGCAGAGUGUGCCUGAUAAUCCAGAGAGAUUUGAUUGUCGGCCUUGUGUUUUGGGCCAGGAGAGCUUCUCCUCCGGGAGACAUUACUGGGAGGUGGAGGUUGAAAAUGUUAUGGUGUGGGCAGUUGGAGUUUGUAGAGACAGUGUGGAGAGGAAAGGAGAGGCCUUGCUGCUUCCUCAGAAUGGCUUUUGGACUCUGGAGAUGUUUGGGAACCAGUACCGGGCUUUGUCUUCCCCUGAGAAGAUCCUUCCUUUGAAAGAGCGCCUCCGCCGUGUGGCCAUCUUCCUGGACUAUGAAGCUGGAGAUGUUUCCUUCUACAACAUGAGGGACAGGUCACACAUCUACACAUGUCCCCGUUCGAACUUUGCUGGUCCACUGAAACCCUUCUUCAGACUGGGUUCCGAUGACAGUCCUCUCUUUAUCUGCCCAGCAUUCACAGGGGCUCGGGGGGUCAUAGUGCCUGAAGGUGGCCUCAUUUUACACCAGGCAGGGAACCCCCACCACCCACAGAACCAAUUUCUUGGUCUCAGACUCAUGUAGGGAUGCCAUGGCCAUCUCAGCUACCACUACACAGUGUCCCAAGUGGAAAACUCGCCUUUCUUCCCUCUGAUUAUAGAAGACAUCUGUCCAACUGUUUCCUCAUACUCACUUCAGGCUCUAGCAGUACACUCCCUCACUAGGCUGUGGCUUUAGUCAUUCAUUUAUUUGUAAGUAUGGAGCAGGACCCAAUCUUAGGAAACUACUACUAUUCCACAGCUCUCAGCAAAGAACAGUGUGAGAGGGUGAAGGGCAAAGAAAAUCUGUUGUUUCAGCAUCUAGCAACAUUGAGCCCAAGACUCUAGACAUUGAGAACUUGGGAUAAGGGCAAUAGGAUGCCACAGGAUUUAAGAGGAUGGAGGGCCUUACAGUUUCAAAGGGAAGGGAGAACCAUAAAUGGAGGUUAGAAGUAGAAGUGGACUAGGAAACUAGAAAGAGAACAAAGGCUGUAGUUAAGUCCUAUCAUGACAACUAUGAAGUUACAAGGGCUGAUGGCCCAUUUCCAUUCAACCCCCAAGAUUUCCAGACCACACAAUAAAGAUUUUUCAGACCACACAUCUUCAGGCCUAGGCCUGUGAAGAAAAAGAGUAAACAAUGAUACAUCUGGAUUUGGCCUGGCACAGGCAUCAGUGCAAUGAACCAGUACACAGUCAUUGAGAAAAACUUACUUUAGGACCCUGGUGAGCAGGUAAGUAUUGGUCCAAGUUUACCACAGGCCUCAGGGUCAAGGGAGACAGUAGAAAUUUCAAGCUUCUUGGUCUCAGGAUGCCUUUUGAUACUUAAAAGUGAUUAAUUAAUCCAUAGGGCUUUUGUUUUUUUGAGUUAAUAUCUGUUAUUAUUCGUGUUAUUUGAUAAUGAAACUGAAAAAUUUGAAUGUAUGUAUUUAUAUUAAAAUAAUAA